AUGGCCUCCGCAAAGUUCCUUAUUACAGGUUCGACGAGCGGCCUGGGUGCUUCUGUGCUCGCCACCCUGUACAAAUCCGUCGACGACCCAGCGGAGAUCAUAGCUACCUCCUCCCGUGUUGAAGUCGCCGCCAAACUCCAGCAGGAUUACCCGGGCACCCAGUUCCGGGUCGUCGACUACGACAACGAGCCAGCACUGGAGAAGGCCUUUGAGGGAGUCGAUCGACUGUUCUUCGUUUCAACACCUGUUGUCGAUACAAAUAGGAGGGCCAAGCAACAUUCGAAUGUCAUUGAGGCCGCGAAGAAGGCAGGCGUUGGGCAUGUAUAUUACUCCAGCCUAUCAUUUGGCGGCUAUGGAUCGCAUUCAAAGGCUGUCGUGCAGACGGCCCAUUUAAUCACUGAAGAGCAGCUGAAAAAAUCCGGGAUCUCAUACACCUCCAUCCGCGAAGGCAUCUACGCAGAAGCUUUCCCCGUCUUCGCUGCCUGGUACCCCGAUACAACCACCAUGUACAUCCCCACCGACGGCCGUAUCGCCUGGACCUCCCGCAGCGAACUAGGCGAAGCGAACGCAAGGCUCAUGCUACGGGACCCAGCCACUCUCCCCUCCCUUCUCAAAAACGACUACGACAACAACGUCGCCCUCCUCACUGGGCCCGGUGCGUAUACCUUUGCGCACCUCGCUGAAGCUCUUACCCGCGCUACAGGCAGGAAAGUAACUCUGCAGAAGAUCCCGCGGGAACAGUAUGCGGCUGUUGUUGCCGUGGAGGACGCUAAGGAGGGCCACGGCGGGAAAUCAGCGCAGUUCUUCGAGCUAUGGGCUAGUUUGCUGGAUGCAGUGGGGCAGGGUGAGGCGGAGAUGGUGGCGCCGUUGAUGGGCGAGUUGCUGGGCCGGCCGCCACGAGAUGGCUUGGAGUAUAUUGAGGAGUUGGUGCGGGAAGCAGGACCUCAGGGUGGCUAUACGUGGCACCAGAAUUAUGAUAUUGGCAAGAGGUAG